AUGUCAGCUUGCGAAGAGUGGUCUCAGUGGAACUUUGUCCUCCAACUCUUCCAGGAGCUCAAAGAUUGCCAGCUGCAGCGAAGCGAGCUCACCCACAAUACUGCCGUCACAGCUGCCUCGGACGGAUCGCAUUGGCGAGGGGCGCUGAAGUUGCUGUUUGAGCUUCAAGCAGUGCGCGCAGAGCAGGACGUGCUUUCAUUCUCCUCUACUGUGUCAGCGUGCCAGUGGAACUGGAAGGCUGCUCUGAGCGUGGUGGAGGAGAUGUCCAAGGUCAAUGUUUCUGAGGACGUCAUCACCUUGGGCUACACGGUGGCGGCUUGUGACCGAGGCGGCGUCAUGCUGGCCGAUGUUUUGGGCCUUAUUCAGGCCACAGGCGGCCAGGAGAAGUGCAUCAACCUGCGCAAUGGUUUCGAUGCGAAGAGCUGCACCUUCGGAUCGGAUGCUUGGCGGCAACUGACGACGUCGACCCCAGGGCUGUUAGCACGCAAGAACGUGGACAAAGAGUGCAUCGUCUACAAUGCUUGCAUCAGUGCGUGCGAGAAAGCGGGCCAAUGGCAACAUGCCUUGGGCCUCUUCAGUGAGAUGGAGGGUAUGACGAUCCAGAAGACAUCCAUCACUUACAACGCUACUGUGAGUGCCUGCGAAAAAGGGCACGAGUGGGAGCUGGCACUGACAAUUGUUUCCCAGAUGGAGCACCAGAAUGUGGAUAGAUGCCCAAUCACCUACAAUGCCGCCAUCGCGGCUUGCGAUGAAGCGGGCCAGUGGCAACAUGUCCUUCUCUUGUUGGAAGACAUGAACCGUGGACAGUUGCAGCGCGAUGCCAUCACGUACCAUGCCUGUGUCAUGUCCUGCGAGAAGAGCAUGCAGUGGCAGCGUGCCUUAGGUUGGUUUGAGGAGAUGCGCAGCCAAAGGCUCGAGCACAACUCCAAUACCCUCAAUGCGGUUGUCAGCUCUUGCGAGCAGAGCGGCCAGUGGUCAGUCGCAAGCAACAAGUUUGGACCUGCCUUCUUCUCGCUGGCCCCUGAGAGCGUUCCAAGUCUGCAGCCAGGACCAGCUGAAGGUUCUGAGUCGUCAGCAACAUCUGGAGAGUGGAGUUUCGUUCUCCAGAAUUCUGUUUUGGAAGCGCUGAUCACAUGUCGUGAUGGAAUCCUACAGCCAAUACAGCUGACAAACAAGAUCUCUGGACAGCAGCUGCCACCUCCUGAAGAUGCAUUCCAGGCCAACCUUGUGCUUGAUGGCAGACUGGAUCGGGCUGGUGAAGUGCUGUCCAGCUCAGAUUUUCAAGUGCUCACGAUGAAUCUUGGCCGAGUAGAAAACCAGGCGAAUGCAUCGCAAUUGAGUUUGAGAAUGACCGGGUGGAUGAUCACUGCCGUGAUGGAGCUCCGAGGAACCGUGGAAUCAGCAAAGUGGUCAAUAGAGCUCCGGGAUGGUUCCAACUAUCUGAAGAUUGCACUUCGCAUGAGUGGACCUGCAGACAACACGUCUUCAGGGCUUGCAGAUGGAGAAGUUAAACGGUCUGGAAAGCACCCGGUGGAUCCAGAGGCUGACUCCGAAUUGUGCCUUCUGUCUGGUAACCUGCAGGGCAGCCGUGUGGCAGGCAAAGUUGAUGGAGUACCUGUCAUUUCAGACCACUUCUUCUUCGGACUGGAGCAUCCGCAAGCGCAAAAUUCAGCAGAUCGUGGAAAGUACCGGUGCUGCCUAAAACAACAUGCCGAAAAGAUUGCGGAGCAUGGUCCUCAUGCAGAUCUGGUUCUGGGAGUUGCGGCGCCAGGCCAAAUGCGAAGGUCCUUUUUGUAUUACUUGGAACGGGAGCGUGCUCAUCCUUCAAGGAAAAUGCUUCAUUACAAUAGCUGGUAUGACAUUGGAACGGGCCAGCAAUUUGAUGCUAAGCAGGCAGUAGACCGAUUGGAACAUAUUGCCAGGGAGCUCGCGCGAAGAGGUGUUGUGCUGGACUCCUUCCUGAUGGAUGACGGCUGGGACGAUCCAGACAGUGGACCUUGGGAUGCGCACAGUGGCUUCAGCAAGAGCGACCUGAAGCAGUUGGAAGAACGUGCAAUGCAUUGGAAGACCUCAUUGGGCCUUUGGUUUUCGCCUUUUGGUGGCUAUCAUGAAGCAAGGCAGCGGCGCAUCCACGCAGCGAGGAAGGCCGGCAUCCCUGUGCGAGGGGAGACGCGUGAACGGAAGUUGGCAGUGCUCCGCAGAGGUGGAUGUACACAAUCUGCACCCUGCAGCGAAGGGGAAGGACGCUGCCAGACCAACGAGGACUGCAAGGGGCAGCUUGAAUGCUGGCACACCACCCACGCUGUCAGCCCGCCUGGGGUGGACCUCAGCGGUCUUUCGGACUCAGAUCUCAGGAUAUGUUUCGACCCAGGUGCGCGCUCUGCAUUCCUAGGAUUGGGACUCAAGGAAUACUACACGCACUUCCGAGAUGCGAUCUGGAAGUGGUUGCGCAGGGGAGCCAACCUGUUGAAGCUGGAUGGCAUUGGAAACCCAGCUGGCUUAGACCAAACUUUGGAGGAAGACUUUGAUGCAGCUGUGAGCCUUAUAGCAGAACUGCGCAAGAUUAGCAGCGACGUCUUUAUCAACCUGUCGACGGGCACAUGGCCAUCUCCGUUCUGGCUCCUUUAUUCGGACACUGUCUGGCGCAGGGGGCAUGACCAUUACUUUGAAGGCAGCGGGUGCGCGCGUGAACGUUGGAUCACGUACCGUGAUGCCAUGGUCUAUGCCAAUGUUGUGACGCAGUCCCCCCUGUUUCCUCUGAGCUCGCUCAUGGUCCAUGGAAUCAUCUUUGCAAAGGAUGCCUGGGACCUCAAUCGGCUGGAAGGAUCUGGAACGGGCAUGUCCCAUGAACCUUUCAAGCAUGAAGUACGGUCCGCCUUUGGUUCUGGGGUGAUGCUGCAGGAGCUUUACAUAACUCCCAGCCUGCUGAAUCGGGAGAAUUGGGAUGAUAUUGCUGAAGCGGCCACGUGGGCCAGCAGCAGGACUGAGACUCUUGCUGAUGUCCAAUGGUUUGGGGGAGAUCCUGCUAAGGGAGAAGUUUAUGGUUGGGCCGCUUGGUAUGGAAAUGCACGGAACGGUUCGGCAAGUUCCGCAAUUUUGACGCUGAGAAACCCAUCCCCGAUCAGGCAGUCUGUUCAGGUGGAUCCUGUGAAAGCAUUCUCACUUCCGGGCUAUGCGAAUUCACCCUUAGUGCUGAAUACCCCUUUCAGUGACCAGAGACCGCGUCAAAUUCAGCUGGUACGAGGUCGGGUCACGUCAAUAGAUCUGCCUGCAUUUGCUGUCUUGGUGUUUGACACCUCCGGGCCAACUCCGUCUGCCUGGGCAGUAUACCUUGACAUCUUGGUCGAUAACUUGGCUGUCCUUUUCUGGACUGUCCUUGCUGUUUUGGUGGCUGGAUUUAGCUUACGCGGGGGUUCCGCUGCUUCUGCAGCUCCUGCAGCUCCUGCAGUCCCUCUCGAGGAGCUUCGACGACGGCGGCUUGCAGCGUUGGAACGCCGCGGAGCUGAUCGCUAG